UAUCAUCAUUAUCAUCAUCAUCAUCAUCGCUAUUACCAGCACCGCCGCCGCCGCCGCCCACAGCCCGGGAAAUUCAAUCCAGUGACUACAACAAGCUUAGGGACAUUUUGUUCCAGACUCUGGGGCAACUGCCAUCCAAAGAAGCGUUUGCCACAUGUCAACGGAUAUCUGCAAAGACGCCGGUGUUCCGUGCAGAACAAGCAUCGGCUAACUUUUGCCUGUGGACAAGCACGACGGCUAGCACGCCAUCCAACAAGGACACGCCAUCGUUCGGACCCUUCAUUAUGUUGUUGGAAAAAAUAAUGACUUGUGUUUCGGAACGGGACGAAAACAAGGCGAUUGAAGCACUGCACUUGGCCAUGACAUUGCUCCGCAAUCAGCCGGCGGUGCUGCAAUAUUACCAAGAAGCCACAACAACAACAACAACAACAACAAACAAGGAAGGGACGGAUGAUUGCACCUCUUCGAUAGCGUAUUUAUUGGCCGGGGUAUUGCAACGAACGGCUGCAAGCAGUUUGAUCCGGUUAUCGUCGGUUGCCGAUAGAGCGUUUGUGGAGUUACUCUCGGUAUUAUCUGAUAAAGAGAAACUACAGAUCAUAGGGUCGCUGCUAAGGGAAUGGCUGGAAAACAAUGAACAAAAGUCCGCCGUCCGUGCCUUGUUCGUGUGCCUGAGCAAGGCGGUCGCAUCCAAUGUCUCUCGAGCGACGCUGGAAGCAACCCUGGACCCCACGAUCUUGAUAAAGGGCUACAAUCAUACAGAACUGGUGGUGCGACGGGCAUGUGUGCAGGCCAUUGUGGAGAUGUAUAAAAUAUUAGGAGAAGGGUUUCUAAUGACUUAUCUGGCGCCAUCACUACGGAUCGAUCAGGUCAGCCUUCUGCGGCAUUAUAUUGGUUGCAGCAGCAGCAGCAGCAGCAGCUCGUAGUAAAGCUAAUUUUUUUCUGUCAGCU